CGGCGACGCCCCGGCCCGGCGCCAUGGGCGAAUGGACCAUCCUGGAGCGGCUGCUGGAGGCGGCGGUGCAGCAGCACUCCACCAUGAUCGGCAGGAUCCUGCUGACGGUGGUGGUGAUCUUCCGCAUCCUCAUCGUGGCCAUCGUGGGCGAGACGGUGUACGAGGACGAGCAGGCCAUGUUCACGUGCAACACGCCGCAGCCCGGCUGCAGCCAGGCCUGCUACGACCGCGCCUUCCCCGUCUCCCACAUCCGCUACUGGGUCUUCCAGAUCAUCCUGGUCUGCACGCCCAGCCUCUGCUUCAUCACCUACUCCGUGCACCAGGCCGCCAAGCCGCGCCGGCACCGCGGCUCCCGGGAGCCCCACGGCGUCCCGGCGGAGCCCCACGGUGUCCCGGCGGAGCCGGCACCGGCACCGCGGCCCGCGCGCGGCGCCAAGGCCCGGCGGCAGGACGGCAUCUCCCGCUUCUACGUCAUCCAGGUGGUUUUCCGCAACGCCCUGGAGCUGGGCUUCCUGGCCGGGCAGUACCUGCUCUACGGCUUCCGCGUGCCGGGCGUCUUCGCCUGCGACCGGCACCCCUGCGUGCGGGCGGUGGAGUGCUACGUGUCGCGGCCCACCGAGAAGACCCUCUUCCUGGCCUUCAUGUUCGCCGUGAGCGGCGUCUGCGUCCUGCUCAACCUGGCCGAGCUCAACCACCUGGGCUGGCGCAAGGUGCGGGCGGCCGUGCGCGGGGCCCGGGCGCGCCGCCGGCCCCCCAGGAAGGGUCCGGCCGCGCCGCCGCCGCCGCCGAGCCGCACGCAGUCCGGCGAGUCCGCCUACGUCUGA